AUGUCUUCUACCACUACUGAUUACAAGGUUUCCUUUGAUUCGUUCAAAAAUGUCAUCAACAACGAAUUGGUCACGACUGCCAACACGCGCCAUUCCGUAAACCCCAGCACAGAAGAGGCGCUGUGGGAGGUCCCAGUCUCAACACAAGAAGAUGUCGACAAGGCCGUGAGCGCAGCCAAGGCUGCCUUUCCCGCCUGGAGCAAGCUGUCCCAGGACGAGCGCGCCGAGUAUCUCAGCAAACUUGCCGAUGCAAUUGAAGCACACAAGGACGAGUUUGCGGUGCUGGUUGGUAAAGAAACGGGAAAGCCGCCGCAGACUGCCGGUUUUGAGAUGUUCCUCGUCAUGGGACUUGCUCGAGAGACGCUCAAGCUGCGUCUAAAGGAGGAGAAGAAGAUUGACGAUGCCGACCGCACCGCCAUUGUUCGCUACGUUCCCAUGGGCGUUGGCGUUGGCAUUGUGCCAUGGAAUUUCCCCUUGACGCUUGGUGUCGGCAAGGUAUUCCCAGCUCUCUUGGCUGGCAACACGUUCAUCUGGAAGCCAUCUCCAUUCUCGCCGUACUCUGCCCUCAAGCUUACCGAACUGGCUAUCAAGAUUCUUCCGCCGGGCGUGUUACAAGCUUUGAGCGGAACGGAAGACCUUGGGCCUCUGUUGACGGCUCAUCCCGAUGUUGCCAAGAUCAGCUUUACCGGUUCCAUUGCCACUGGCAAAAAGGUCGUGGCAGCUUGCGCAGGGACUUUGAAGCGUGUAACGCUUGAACUUGGUGGCAAUGAUGCUGCCGUGGUUUGUGAUGAUGUUGAUAUUGACUCGGUCGCGGCAAGGAUUGCUUUCCUCACCUUUAUCCACAAUGGCCAGAUCUGCAUGGCCAUCAAACGCAUCUACGUCCAUGAAAGCAUUUACGACAAGUUUCUGGCCGCUGUCGUGGCAGUCACCAAGACGUUCAAGUUUGGUGAUUAUACCGAUGCCGAAGCUUUUGCCGGGCCCGUCCAGAACCGUAUGCAAUUCGAUAAGCUCCAAAAGUUCUAUGCCCAGAUCGGAACCGAGGGUUGGAAGACGGCACUAGGAGGCGAGCCCGGCCCAAAGGAAGGCAAGGGCUUUUUCAUGCCGCCCACGAUUAUCGAUAACCCCCCGGAAGCCUCGAGCAUCGUUCAGGACGAACCCUUUGGUCCUAUUGUCCCGCUCUUGAAAUGGUCGGAUGAGGAAGAUGUGAUUCGUCGCGUCAAUGCUGCCAAGGUUGGCCUGGGUGCGUCCGUUUGGAGCAAAGAUGUGCCACGAGCCCAGCGCAUCGUAGAGCAGCUCCAGGCUGGCAGUAUCUGGGUCAAUACUCACUUUGAACUUGCGCCCAAUGUACCUUUCGGUGGCCAUAAGGAAAGUGGCUUGGGAAUGGAAUGGGGUGAGGUUGGUCUUCAGGGAUGGUGUAAUCCACAGGCUUAUUGGAUUAAGCAUUCUGCUUGA